AUGACAUCACUCAAGAAGAAGAGUAGGAGGAAGCCUUCUUCCCAGGCCCUGGGGAAUAUUGUUGGCUGCAGAAUUUCUCACGGGUGGAAGGAAGGUAAUGAGCCUGUCAACCAUUGGAAGGCCAUCAUUCUAGGUCAACUGCCAACAAACCCUUCUCUUUAUUUGGUGAAGUAUGACGGAAUUGACAGUGUCUACGGACAGGAGCUCCACAGCGAUGAGAGGAUUUUAAAUCUUAAGGUCUUGCCUCACAAAGUAGUUUCUACUCAGGUGAGGGAUGUCCACCUCGCCAGCGCCCUGGUUUGCAGAGAGGUACAACACAAAUUUGAGGGGAAAGAUGGCUCUGAGGACAACUGGAAUGGGAUGGUGCUAGCCCAGGUGCCAUUCUUACAGGACUAUUUUUACAUUUCCUACAAGAAGGAUCCGGUCCUCUACGUCUAUCAGCUCCUGGAUGACUACAAGGAAGGUAACCUCCACAUCAUUCCAGAGACCCCUCUGGCUGAGGCGAGAUCAGGUGAUGACAAUGACUUCUUAAUAGGUUCCUGGGUGCAGUACACCAGAGAUGAUGGAUCCAAAAAGUUCGGAAAGGUUGUUUACAAAGUUCUAGCCAAUUCUACUGUGUACUUUAUCAAAUUUCUUGGUGACCUACAUAUCUAUGUCUAUACUCUGGUGUCAAAUAUCACUUAA